AUGAGCUCUUCAACUCUCUUAGAAUUGCAUAUCAGUUUGGCAAAUUUCACCGACUGUCUUUAUAUACUUGAUGGACGUUUCAAUAAACUUCACACACUUUAUGUUGAUAUUGAUUUCAUUUCUUCUUUGCAUUUAACAAACAAUAAUCAGGAAAAACUACCUAAUUUAAGAUGUUUUUCACUAUUUUGUGAAAUGCCGAUAAAUGUUUAUAAUAAAUUAAUUGUACCAUUUCUACAACGAAUGUCGAAUUUAGAAAAACUCUGUUUGAAUCUUAUUGUUAGGGGCGAAAACACAUUUGUUGAUGGAAAUGAAUUGAAGCUGAAUAUUAUUAAUCAUAUGGCACGAUUACAGAGAUUCGAAUUUUAUAUUUGUUCAAGCAUUUCUCUUCGUAAUCAAAUUUAUGUACAAUCGAAAGAAGAUAUUCAACAUACAUUCAGAGAUUUUAAAGAUGAUCAAGUUAUUUCUUAUGUUGAUUAUUUUCAAAAAGAACAAUGUAGUCUAUGUCAUAUCUAUUUGUAUCUUGAUCAAUUAAAAUAUUACUAUACUGUAACAAAUAAUUUUCCAGGUGGCUUAUUUCCAUGUGUUCGUAAAAUAUCAUUAUAUGAUGACCAUCCUUUUGAACAUGAAUUUUUUCUUCGAAUUGCUCAAUCGUUUCCAUUUAUGCAAACACUUUCUUUAAAGAAUUUCAAACCACAAAAUAACAAAUUAUGCAAAGAAUCACAGAAUGACAAUCAAGAUUUUUCAAUCAUUAACUAUCCCUAUCUUACUAAUCUUACACUUUAUGAUGCUCAUGAUGAUUAUAUCGAAGAAUUUCUAGUUGAUACGAAAAUAUGUUUACCGAAUAAUGCUGUUCAUGUUAACAUUUAUUAUGAACAAUUGAAAAGAGUGACACACAAUUUUACAAGAGAUACAACACGAAUCAAUUGUGCAAAACUGAAUUCUUUACAUCUCAAUGGUCGUCGACUUCCUAAAUAUGCAAAAGACUAUUUUCCACAUGUAUAA